GUUGUUCUACAGCACGCAUGUUUCCUCCAGCUGUGAGAUGCGAGUUUAACUAAGGAAAAUAACUAGAGGAUUAUACAAAGAAUCGACAAUUACCAUCGCAUAUUUUGAUCUGUUCAAAAGUGCAUACGGUAAACCAUGUGUUUAGUAAAACACACGAUCCUGCCGAGAAAGACCGAGAUGAAUUUGCAGGCGCCAAGUCCUCUCUUUCUAGCCUGAGGAGAAGUCCACCAUAUUGACUUGGGAAUCACACGCAAUUGAUUUUUAUCGUGUUGUGCACGCGCUGGUGUGUUGUUACAAGUCUUGCGUGCUUAGGCCUUGCAGGCCUGAGCCACGUUUUUACUCGUCGCAGUGCACGGCGUCGAGGCUAUUGGCAGAGAAAGAUAUAGAUUCGUCGCCUUAAUCCACUUAGGUUGGGAAAGAUAACUGACAUUACAUUCCUGCCACCACUUGGUGUUGUCACCAAACCACAAUGUAUGCUACCACGGUCCGCCACAAUACAGUAGGAUGCUGAAUGAAAACAUGGAAGUACAGAUGUCAGAGGGCAUUCUUCCCUCGAAAAGGACUAACAAGUUCAUGGCUGCCAAAAAGAAGGAGAGAAUAAUGGUUCUUCAUGAGGAGGGGGCUACUGCCCCCAUAGCACUGCCCUCAGCUGCCUCUCCCCCUGACCUCUUUGGUGUCCUAAACACAGGGCAAGCAAGUGCAGUUGUAGCCAAUGAAGAAGCAAACAUUCCAGCAACAUCUACUCCAGGUUCUGCAAUGGGUACUGGUCAAAUGGUUUCUACAUUGAACUCUGCUGCCAGGUCUAAUAACCAACCAGAGAAUUUACCACCAGAGAGCACCUACAGCGGUAUCAAGGUGAUGUUGGACAAUAACAACAUGUGGAAUGAGUUUUUCAAAUGCAAAACCGAAAUGAUAAUAACCAAACAAGGCCGGAGGAUGUUCCCUUAUUGCCGCUUUCGCGUCUCUGGUUUGGAGCCCUUCCAGAAGUACACUCUGCUCAUGGAUAUCAACCCUGUGGACAACAAACGUUACAAGUGGACUGGGCAAGACUGGCAAAUGAGUGGGAAGGCAGAGGCCCAUUUGCUCAGACGGGUUUUCAUCCAUCCAGACUCUCCAUCUUCUGGUCACCAAUGGAUGCAGAACCCAGUGUCAUUCUACAAGCUUAAGCUCACUGACAACACGAUGGACCAGGAGGGCAAUGUAAUUUUGCACCCAAUGCACCGCUACUUACCACAUUUGCAUUUGGUCUCAGCUGAAACGGCUACAGAGGAUAUUCAGCUCAAUGGGCCUGACGUGAUAACCUUCACCUUUCCCCAGACUGAAUUCUUUGCUGUAACAGCCUACCAGAAUGUACGCAUGUCUCAGUUUAAAGCAGACUUCAACCCUUUUGCAAGUGGACCCAACUCUCAGGCUCUAAAGCUGAAAAUGAGUCCCUCCAAUGAGUCGAAGGAUGAAACCAGAUCUCCCAAUGAACUCAAGCCUGUGAAAGGCUUGAAUGGCCUGAAAUCUUUGAUGGCGGCAAAACGCAGAUCUAAAGACACUUCAACAGUAGAUAAAGGACUCCUGAGCCCUGAUGCUCAAAAUGUUUCCCUUGCAGAUGGUGACAAAACUGAGGUCAAAACGGAUGGACCCAGCUCCAGGCUGAAAUCAAGGCCCUCCAAUGAGAUGAACAAAGACUCAGCCCAAUCGCCCAAUGAGCUCAAGUAUGUGAAAAGCCUGAAUAAUCUUAAGUCUUUGAUGGGGAAACGCACUUCCAAAGAUACUUCAGCAGGAGGCCAAGGACUUCUCGCUCCGAAUGCCCAAAAUGUUAUGCUUGCAGAUAGUGAUAAGUCCGGAGUCCAAACAAGUCCCUCCAAUAAGUCAAAAAAAGACACAAACAGUUCUACCAAUGACCUCAAGCCUGGGAAAAGCCUGAAUAACCUGAAGUCUUUGAUGGAAAAACACAGCUCUAAAGGCACAUCCGCAGUAGAUCAGAGAGUCCUCAGUGAAGAUGCUCAACGUGUUACACCUGUAGACAGAGACAAAUCUGGAGUCAACGCUAAUGGACCCAGCUUAAGCACUCCAAAGCUGAAAUCAAGAUCCUGCAAUGAGUUGAAAAAAGCAGGAACCACAUCUGCCAAGGAAUUCAACUCUCUUAGAAUUAAUCUGUCUUUGUCAAAAUGCAAUCCUAAAGACACUUCAGCAGUAGGUCAAGGACUCCUAAGCUCAGAUGCUCAAAAUGUUAUACUUGCAGACAGUGAAAAGUCAGGAGUCAAAAUGGAUAAACCCAGCUCCUGCAAGAAAUCAAGUCCCUCCAAUGAGACGAUGAAAGUUGAAACAAUAUCUCCCAAGGUGUGCAAUUAUGUGAAAUAUUCCCGAAAGUCUUUGCGUAGAAAACACAACUCCCAAAAGACUUCAGCAGCAGAUCAUGGACAAAAGUCAGUCAGAAACACAGAGUCCACUGAAUACCAUUCUUGUACAACAGGUCCUCCCCAAAGUAACUUCCCUGAGCUGAUUCGGGAGUGUCGUCUGAAAAUACGAAGGUGCAAUGUUGAGAGAACCAAUACAACUUGUAGUGUUGAGCAAACAAACACUAAGGGCAUGGUUGCCAAUGGCAAAGUUGUGGAAGUAGCUGUGAAUGACAAUUUUUCCCAGAUUUCUGAACCUGAAGCCUUGUCCGGGAAGACUAUUGAAAGGGUGGGAACACUGCACAAUGGGAAUGUGAUUGACAGUGUCAAGGACCUCUUCAAUUCAUCUCAGUCCCAGGAACCGGUCAAGACCCGUGUGUCAAUCAAUGACCAUUCAGCAAAUGAAGUUGAAAACAGUCAAAAGGCUUCCCAGAGCUCCUCAGUGAGCUCUGAAGCAAAAAUUACAGGUUUUGAUGAACAGCUGCAGGGGAAGGCUAAACCACACAAACGACCGGAACCUGUGCCUUUGCCCCUUCUUGCACUCUACCUUCAACAGUUGAAGUCAAAAUCCAGUUCUGUUAGGACCAAACCGAAAUCUCCCCCGGGAUUGCCUUCGUCUUCAUCCCCAUCUUCUGCUGUUCCAACCACCGAUCCUGUUAUUCCAGCCACCGAUCAAACUGGCCCUGUCAUGGACUCAACUGGCCCUGUCAUGGACUCAACUGGCCCAGCCAUGGAAUCUACUGGCCCAACCUUGGAAUCUACUGGCCCAACCUUAGAAUCUACUGGCCCAGCCUUGGAAUCUACUGGCCCAGCCUUGGAAUCUACUGGUCCAUCCAGGGAUUCUACUGGAUAUGUUGUAGUUCCAGCCAGUGGUCCUGUAGUUCCAGCCAGUGGUCCUACUGAUCCAGCUAUCAAACACAUUGUUCCAGUCAUUGCCCCCACUGGGCCAACCACAGACUAUGCUGGUCUACCCAUGGAUAUUUCAGUCCCAAACACAGAUUUUUGGGUUCCUGCCACAGACUCAUUGUUACCAGAACCUGACUCAGUUUUACCAACCGCUGAUCAUGUGUUUCUUGUCCCCGAGCCUACCUUAUCCAUUGCACAAUCAUCCCCCACCCCUUGUUUGCCAGCAACUGUCUUAUUAUCACCAUUCCCUGACCCAUUGUUACCAGCCCAAGAAUUGCCACCCCCUGUACCUGUCACAUUAAACCUAGCGACUGAUUUAUCAUCACUUACCUCUGACCCUCCCUCAACUGCUCCAGCACUGUCAUCAACACCUAGUCUUGCCAACUUGGAACCUGAAUUUACCCCCUCGUUACCAUCCCCUGGUCCUUCGCGAGGUGGCUUUGAACCCCCUUUACGUUCCCCUGUUACAUUGAAACCGGAAGCCACCGCCCCCUCCUUACCUGUACAUGCCUCCUCAUUCCCAGCCCUUGAACGAUUACUGCCCCCUAAACCUUUUGUUCUAUCCUCUGAAUUUUCAUCACAUGGAUCACUUUUAGGCCUACCUGCCCCUGAUCCUUUUUUAACAAUACCCUUUAUCCCAUUGUUGCCUUCCGCUCACAUUAACCCAUUACCCUUUGAGGCAACCUCAUUUUCCUCUACCUCUCACCCUGACUCACUUGCUCUGGACACUGCCUUAUCCCCAUCUCCCUCGGACACUACCUCAUCAUUCCAAGUCAAUUAUGAACCAUUAACACACCCAUCUACACCGUCUCCACUCCCAUUCCAGUUAUCUUCCUUUUCAUUGUUAGGUCCUGAUCCAUUGUCACCAACCCCGUCACUGGCCGACCUCACUAACCUUUUCUCCAUCGCCGAAGAGCUUGAGAUAACUGAAGACUUUCCCAGCAGUGAGGCACCUCCUGUCCCAUGUCCUCCUGUCCGAAGUACCCCUAGCAUACCAGUUAGUUCUACUUUACCUGUUGAUUCUAGUCAGCCAACCCAGAUAAAUAAACCCCGGAGAUCUAGGAAAGGAGUGAAAUCUGCCAAGGGUGAUUCACUCCCAGUAAUUGAUGGAUCCACAGAUGUCGCCAUGCAGCCCAACCUGGAGGAGGUUGAGGAGCAGCUGUUCGUGUCUUUCACCUCCAAGGAAGCACUUGAUGUCCACCUGGGAGAGCCUGCACUUUGUGAGACGACGACUGCGCAACCUCAGAAGCCCCCAGAGGCGACAGAGAAUGUUGGAGGACUAGAAACCACAGAGGAAAGAAUAGUAGCUUUCGAGAAGGUUCUUUUGGGUGACCUAAAGGUUAUGAGGCAUCGACAGGUCAUUCAUCCUGUGUUGCAAGAAGUUGGACUGAAGAUGAGUUUACUGGAUCCCACUCUGGUCAUUGACCUGCAGUACCUAGGUGUUCGUCUACCUCUACCCCAACCCUUUUUAUGUCCAGAACCAAACUCUCCAGGGUUGGCAUCUUCUCCAAGUGGUUCAGUCCCCUUUGUUUCCAGGACAGGCAAGACCACAGACUUCACCCAAAUCAAAGGCUGGAGAGAUAAGUUUGUCCCCUCGAACUCGCCAUCAUCCUCCAAGCCUGAAGGUUGCCCAAGUUCAGAAGUGGUCCCAAAGAACUUGUCGGCCUUCUGCAGUGACAUGUUGGAUGAGUACCUGGCUAACGAAGGUAAACUCAUUGACGAGCGCGCUGCCAGUUUCACCCAGACCACCGUCGUCACCCCUGUGGUCUACCAGCUACCCACCAAGAGCACCAGCUACGUCCGAACCCUAGACAGUGUGCUGAAGAAACAGGCACCGGCACUUUCUUCCACCUUUGUCCCACCAUCCAAAAAACCCAGACUGCCCCCCACAUCCAAAGGACUUAAAAAAUCUGAGAAAAGGCAACAAAAACAGCAAUGUUUAAAGCAGAACAGAACUAAACUAACUUCUGCAACAACCCCAACACCAUUGCCCACUGAGCCAAAACCGCUAUUGAUGGAUCAUGGCGCCCCCAUCACCCACGAUGACACAAUUGAAACUAUAAAAAGGAGACCUCCAACAGCCCAUGACCCUCCUGUGUCCAGGCCAGAGGUAGAAGAGCCACCUCCCGCUGAACUGGCUCCUGUGGAAGAGGAUGACUCGGACCCAGAGCCACAGCCUGCUGCCAAGACCAAGGUCGUGUUUCCUGGGCUGACCAAGGCCCUGCUCCGACAAAGGGAUUUGGAGGACAGGGUUGUCUGGGAGGGCAAGCGCCAGACCUGCAUCUCAAACGAGAGGGCGACGGUCGCCCUCACCUCCCACUUCACCUCAACGGGCUUUGUUUGUGAGAACCCUACAGCUCCUAUUAGGAUCAUAAAGCGCAGGGCUCCUCCCUGCCUCAAAGCAUUCUGCCGAUUGGGCUGUGUGUGUGCCAGCCUGGCACAGGACCGUCGUAUUAUCCACUGUGGAAAGAUUGAGUGCAUCUUUGGCUGCAGCUGCCUCAGGCAGAAGGUGGUCGUCCUCAAGAACUUAGAAGGUCCAGAUUCUAAUGCGUCAGAGGAGGGCCUGUCCAAGAAGCGGAGGAGAAAGAGGAUGAGGAUGGCAUAUACUCUCAGGGAGGCUGAGACGGUAUCAGAACCUGCUCCGCGUGUGAGAAUGUUGUGGAGAAAGAUGGAUGGAGAGACGGACCCGGAGCCCGUCCUCACCCCAACACCGGUCUGCCUACCACAUCUUCCACUACAGGAAGAACCUUCAGUGGUGUAUUGUUCUCCGGUGAGAGAGGAAGGCGGGACCAUGACAUGUGCCAGAGUGCGUGCAUUUCAAAGCAAGAGCACAAACCGACCUGAGGUCAUUGACAAUCACUGCAAACCAAUAGACUCUGCACCAGUGAACUCUUCCAGUAUGUCAGAGAAGUCGUUGUCCUGCCAUCGUCCCAAGUACACGGAGCCCUCCAAGCGCCUGGAGAUUAUAUCUAAGUGUAAGUGGAGGAGCCUGGCGGAUAGGAACCUGGUGCUGAGAAUUGUGUGUGAGCACAUGGCCAAGGACCACCUCAGGAACCCCUUCUGGGUCAAAGGUUACCUUAUAAAACCCGUGUCUCAGACCCUGAGAAAUGUGGGCGAAAGCUGCUCCAUCCACUACAAGGUACUCAUCUCUCAGGUCCCGAGACCGGACGGAGUGGAGGAGGAGAACGGUGAGAAGGAGGAGGAGGAAUGGAUGGGAGAGGAAGAUGAAGAAGAACUAAUGGAAGAGCAGAGAGAGGAGGAUAAAGUGGAGGAAGUACCUGUCGUGGAGGAAGUACCUGUCGUGGAGGAAGUACCUGUCGUGGAGGAAGUACCUGUCGUGGAGGAAGUACCUGUCGUGGAGGGAGUACCUGUCGUGGAGGGAGUACCUGUCGUGGAGGGAGUACCUGUCGUGGAGGGAGUACCUGUCGUGGAGGGAGUACCUGUCGUGGAGGGAGUACCUGUCGUGGAGGGAGUACCUGUCGUGGAGGGAGUACCUGUCGUGGAGGGAGUACCUGUCGUGGAGGGAGUACCUGUCGUGGAGGGAGUACCUGUCGUGGAGGGAGUACCUGUCGUGGAGGGAGUACCUGUCGUGGAGGGAGUACCUGUCGUGGAGGGAGUGGACAACAAGGCUGUGGGGCGUAGAAAGGAUCUGAAAUGGCAGGGCCUGCCUUUCUUAACAGGAAUUUCUCCUGCUGGCCUCCUUACUGGCAACCUUAAGCUGCCAAAAAUCUCAGACCAGAAAUGUAUCACGGUGAAUGGCAGGUCCUACCCCCAUGCCAAGAUACAACUGGGCAUGAUGGGAGCCAUGCACCCAGCCAACAGUCUUGCUGCUUACCUCACGGGCAAGUUACGAAGGCCUGCCUGUCUAAAGCGGUCUAUGGCGGCCUCCUCCUCCGUCCCAUCACAAAAACACCCCUCAGAAACUCCUAAAGGUGCCACAGAUACAAAGUCCUCUACGAGACAACCGGCCCAACUGGCAGCCACUCCUACCACCAUGGUUACCACAAGUGUUCCCUCUACCAUUCCAGUUGCUGCUGGCCCCAAGUUCAUUGUGAACCCAGCUGCCUGUCUCUCUCAGGGGGCUCAGAUGGAGCAGAACAGAGUGACUGCUGCUGUGCGGUUUCAGGUUGUCACCAUGGUCUACCCAACCAAAACUCCUCAUGUGAGGGGUGGCGCCGCAGCCCUGGUAUCUGCAGUGUCUGUUAGCUCCAAGACCCCCUCAGCACCAAGAUAUUCUACAGGUGCAAACGUAUCACCCCAAAAUGCGUCCCCCAUCAGUGAAGUAGUUACCAGUCCCCCGAUGCUCUCUGUCCCAGGGACCAGUACCUCUGUCAGAAUGCCGUCUCCUCUCACAUCCCUGACCCCUAUCAUGUCCCUGACCCCUCUCGCGUCGGGUCAGAGAAUGGUGCUGCAGCCGGUAAGGAACACCUCAGCGAACACCCUAUACAAGAACCCCAAGGGACAGCUGAUCCAGCUGGUUGCCCUCAGCCAGCUGAAGGCCCUUAAUCCCAACCUCGUCAUGCACAACAAGGGUGGGAUGAUCAUUUUAACCAUGCCUGAAUGCUUGACCACCAUGAACAGCUCCACCUCCUCUCUCACCACAUUGGAGAGCAAGGGCCCUGGUAGCUGUGCUUCCACCAUCAGUACUGUCCCCCUUGUCACUUUCCCAAAGACCCAGACUGCAUCCAGCACCACUAUCACUGCCCCUAAAACCACCCCUGGUUGCGUUAGUCUCUCACCCACCGUGACAAAUGGUGGGACGUACACGUUGGAGAUUGUUCCUCAGACAGGCAACAAGGAGCCCAUCAUCAUCAAGUGUCCGGAGGUGCCAGCCCAGGGCUCCUCCAAGGUGAUGCCUGUAGUAGGGGGUGUUACUGUGCUGCAGCCUCACCCGGAAACCACAGUAAUUACUGUCAAAUCCCCCACAAAAACGGUUAAGAACACAGGUGUCAAAGCUGACAAUAUCUCCACAGUGACCUCCAAUGUAGACUCUAAUGUAGUCUCUGAGGUGUGUAGUUGGAUGCAGCCUUUCCAGAAAACCAAAACGCCUCCUAAAUCCACAAAACCCCCUAAAGGAUCCCAGUUUAAAUUUAUAAAAGCUGAUGCUAUCUCCCCAGCUCACUGCAAUUUAGACCCUAAUAUCCAGCCUGGGGUGGUUAUAGUGCCGCAGCCUCCCCCGAAACCACCUAUAACCCAGGUCACAACGACAGGGAUCAAAGAUAACACCUCCACAGCAGACUCCAAUCUCCUUACUAAGAUGGUUCAUGUUGAUGACCCCUACCAGACAUGGACAGGAAGACCGAAGAGGAAGAUGGUGGAGGAUGAGUACGAUUUGGAUGAUAUGGAUGAGAAGACAGACAACUCAUCUGACGAGACUGAUUCUGACGACUCAAGUGUUAAUAAAGAGGAGCUCAUCGACGUCAUCGGUAAACAGCUGAAGCACAACGUGGACGAGAGGCAUCACCGUUUUGAGCUCCAUGGGUGCUUCCAGCGGCUGAGAGAGACACUGAAACUUGACCAAAAAGCUGUGAAAGUGUAUAUCCUUAAAGAAGCGACAGAGGAGAUCCAAAUCCUGACUACGAAAAGUAACGACAUGGAGAAGCUAAGGAGUUCACUGACCCUGGAGAGAGCAGCUUAUGUCAAGAAGAUGUCCCAGUUAACUGGUAAUAAUGGACACUGCUGUAACAUUUCAGCAUUCAAAAAACAUUCAACCAACAUCUUUCCCUCCACAGGAGAGUCUGAGAAGCAGAUCCUGAGGAACAUCCAGUAUGUUUGUUCCCAGCAGAAGAGUGAGGAGCUACUCGUCAACAGGAAUAUGGAAGGAGUUCCCAAAGACUCCUCUGCUGCCUCGUCCUCUUCAGCCGUCUUGACCUGCAGUGAGGCCAGGUCGAGACCAAGACCAAGGCACAUGGGAGGAGUGACAGCAGAGAAGGAGGAGGAGGACAGGGAGGAGGUGAUGGAGGUGGUAGACCUUCUGGAGGACACGGAGGAGGACAGAGAAGAGGUGAUGGAGGUGGUGGACCUUCUGGAGGACACAGAGGAGGACAGGGAAGCGGUGAUGGAGGUGGUGGACCUUCUGGAGGACACAGAGGAGGAGGAAACGGACAACUCCUCGGACGAGACAGAGGAUUCUGCCGAUGACGACAACAACAAAAACAACAACGUUAAAGGGGACGUCAUUAACAUCCGUGAUGUUGAAGAAAGCGUAGAGGAGGAGGAGGCUGUAGACAUUGAGAGUGUGGAAGACCAUGCACAGAAGAGCACCACUUCACAACUGAAGGCAAAAUACGCUAAAGAAGUGGAAGGAGAAACAGGACCCAGAUUAAGAGACCGAAAACAAGUCCUUGACCUGAGAGACAAAUGCGAGCGUCUUGAAAAACUGAAGAGUGGGCUGACCAGGGAGAGAGCUGGUGAUAUUAAGAAAAUCUCAAAGAAAUCUGGAAAGACAGAGGAGCUCAGCAUCAGGAAACUGCAGGACAUCUCGACCAAACAGAAGGACAUGGUGUUCAAAAGGAAGUGGAGAGGGCCGGCCUCAUCGGUCGUAGCCACCUCAGUCCCCCACUCUAUCCCCCAAAAGCCUGCAUCCCAACGACCCAAGACAAGUCCCAUCACACCACCUUCCAGUACCCACCCCUCAACGUGGCGUUCGCCGCGUGAAAGGACCAGACCUAACAUCCGGUCUGGCAGAAAAAUACAGCCUGCCCCAGUUCAUGCUGGGUUUCUCCCUCCUAAAAUGCUGUCUAUAGUGGGUGGAGUGAUCACAUCUGAGCAGGUGAUCGCCAUGCAGCCUGCCCGUUCUCUGCUGCCAGGAGGACGUGUCGCUGGAAUCAAAAUGCGACAGUCUCAAACACCAGGCGUCGCUUCGGUCACCAUCAUUAUCCCCUCAAUGUCCGAACCCAUUUCUCUCACUCCAACUUUUAAUAACUGCAACAGGGGAGUUCCUAAUUUCGACAAUGUCGUUUCAUUGGUUAAAGCCCGACAGAACCAGUCAGCUCCAGGUGUGUCAGGGGGAGCUCAGAGGAGGCCAGCCCCAGUGAAGGGUAGGGGCAGUGGGUUGGAGUACGGAGAGGUUCUGGGGAAGCAGCUGGACCACGCUGUAGACAGUGUAGGGAUCAACGAUGCAGAUGGAAACUCUGAGGAGGACGAAGACAACAAAGAUGGUGAUGGUGAAGACGAGAGCCUGACGUCUGUCCUCAACGAGAUCUUCAUCCUUCACCAGCAGAUUACCACAGACAACAACAGCAGCCUCAGAGGUCCUCCAGUGGUCUCCCGCAUACCACACACCGAGCCUGGGCAGAUGGGGACUGUGAGGGUACCCACACCUCAGACAGACAGGGUGCUACUACCACCAAAGACAGAGAAGGCGGAUCAUCGGAGAUGGAGAUGACGAGCGCUCCCUCAGCCCCUUGUUCCUGAGACUGAAUGAGGACAAGGGCCAGGAAAAGACUUUCAAAGGCCCAGGUCUGCCAAUACCACAGGCAGAGGACCUUAAAGUUGGUUUUGGAUCCAACCUGAAACCAUCAGAGACUGUUUCUGCUCCUGCUGUCAACGGGCACAGCCAACAAGCAAAAGCAUGCACUACAAAAGGUCAAGAUGUACUGCAAAAAGCACUGACCCCGCCACUGCUGCUGCAGAUGAAAGUUGGAGGCGUGGCAGAGGUGCUGGAGUCCAAUGAGAAGCCGGGGGAUGCCCUGACCCCGCCCCCACUGCUGCAGAUGAGGUCCAUGCCAAGACUAGACCCACGAUGACUAAAGUGCAACCCUCAGACAUAGAACUGAGAACCAACCUACUUAGGCCCAGGUCGACAUUGUAGCCAUCUCUCCUCAAUACCCCCAUUCACAUAGGUCGUAUUCAUUCGGCACCAAACGGACAAAACUGACUGAAAUGGGGUGAGACUACUUGAACUUGUCCAAUGAGAAACGUUCAUUUUUUGCUGCAAAGCAUUUCUCUACAGUGUGACGUAAUGAAUAUGACCCUUCUGGCUAAACCAAUCGGGGAUAACUACAUUUACGAACAUACAUUUAGGAUAUCCUUGUGAAAAAAGUGAUUUUGUUUUGUUUUUAGAAGCAACACUACCUAACGGGGCGUAUCGGAAUGACUGACAUGACACUGUUCUGACAGUCAGGAGUUUUUGUUUGUUUUUCUGUUCAAAUCUCCUAUCUAGAAGUGUCUCAGGAUAAGAAUACAGAUCUAGAAUCAGUUUAACCUUUUAGAUCAUAAUGAAUAAGCUCACAUGGAUCUGAUCCUAGAUCAACGCAUGUGUAAGACUAUAAAUACAGGCCCUGAACUGUUGCUUUUCUUUCCCUCAUUUUAAAGAGGAGAUGCAAUGAAUAUUCUGUAAUAGUAAGCUGCCAGGACCUUGGUAUAUUUAAGUGUGUCCAGUAUGUUCUGCCUUUAAGGGUUAGACACAUCGCACUGAAUGUAGAUCUGUCGUUUACAGCUUGUUGUUCAGCGCACUGUUGACGUCUUCACGCAUGUUUCUAUAUGUAAAACCGGUUUGCACUCGGUUCACAAGUACUCUCAGCAGACAAACACUAUUGGUGUGUUCGAGCCCUUAGAGUAUAUUAUUUGUUCUAUCAGAGCAAGAGGAUUUGUAGACAGACAUCUGAUGGCACGGAUGCCAGUUCUGUUCAUAGUACUGUAAUGUUGUGUGUGUAUAGGGCCUCUGAAAAAAUCCUGUCUCCAUAUUGGAGUGGGAGAUCUGUUUCUUCAUGUUUGUAGUUACUUCACCUUUAAGGAACAUUUCAUCUGUAAUUAUAUAUAUUUUUUGUAUGGCACACAGUUUUCUACACUAACUACUAACCGCUCAGUUUGCAGUGCAGACAACGCAUCUCAACAUAGAAAACCCUUGAUAAAUAUUGUCAUAAUGGACAGGUAAUUGAAUCUGCAGCGCUUGUGACUUUUUUCUAAGAGCAGCUUCACUUCAGUGAUUUAUGUAAUAAUUAGACCCUGACAUUCACUAUAAUAUUAGUAGAAAUGACUAUGGAUGCGUCCCAAAUGGCACCAUAUUUCCUAUAUAGUGCACUACUUUUGACCAGGGCCCUGAUCUAAAGUAGUGUACUAUAUAGGGAAUAGGGUGCCAUUUGAAAUAAUUUGUGUAUUUGUGGUUGAAUUGGGGAAAAUGAAAGCUGUCGUUGCUGUAAUAAUUUUUAUGUUGCUAAGAGAUAAAGCUUGCCGAAUUAAAAGCCAGCCAUCUUGUUAAACUGCAUCAAGACCUGUUGGUUAGAACCAUAUAGUGUAGAUUGAAUUUCUGUAAAAAAAAUAUAUAUAUAUAAACUCCCAUUUUUUUUAAAUAAUAGGCCAUGUAAAUAAUGACGUUUUUCCACUUUGAGAACGAUGGUUGUUUUUUGUAAAGAUAUUUCUCAUGUUUUUAUAUGGGGUCAAUAACUGUUACUUUUAGGAUGUUGACGUAAGAGAGAGGAAGAUGCCUUGAAAUAAAAUCUAAUAACGAACCUAGCUUGCCAGAUUUAAAUUUCUGAUGCAGUUACUUUCUGACUUGAAAUAUAAUAUUACUGUAAAGAUUAAGUGACUUACUGUAAAUGUACAUCCAAAAUUGGACAUUCUUUUUUUUUUUUUUUUACAGGAAUAUUGUGAAAGAACAUGCAAGGGUAAUUGGUAACUGAUUGUUAAAAUGCUAAGUACUCCUUCCUUGUUUCAUUUGCCCUUUUUAAAGGACAGAGAGAGAUCUGACAUUUCCCAAUCGUCCCCUGGGAUCUAAUGGCAAACUAAUGACCUUAUCCGUUACCGGAAAAUGUCUCAUUUCCCCUGUGAAUUAUAAUUUACAGCAAUUGGUGUGUCCCAAAUGCCAACUCUUGACCAAGUCCCUGCCAUUUGGGAUGUAGGCAUGAUCAUUUCUUCAGUUGUGACAUGAUGCCGUAGUGUGAUAAAGUUUUUUUGAAAUACAGCCUUCUCCAAGGGUAAGUGUUGAUCAGAACUAUCUCCUCCUUACUUCAGUUCUAUUUUUGUUUAGAAGUUUGCUCAAAGGCGUUUAUAAAAUAUUUAGCUUGUUACAGAAAAGCAUUUUCUUUAAAUGUUUUAUUCGUAUCGGAAAUGUGAUUUCAUAUCAUAAAUUAGAAUAUUAGACUAUACUGGAGCAUAUUUUCCUGUGUAUUGACAUUUUAUUAUACAAUUGUGUCUGGAAUUAUUGGAUUUCUUGAUAAAGGAAAGUGUUGGUCCCGUGUUUCAUGAGCUGAAAUAAAAUAUCCCAGAAAUGUC